AUGCAUAUCGAAAUAGCACAAGCUGUAGAAUUUCUUGGUCGACUCUUGCAAUCUAAGGUUGAUCAAGAUGUUGUUGGUAAAUUCAAGGAAACAUUGACGGAAUUGCUCAAGGUUCGCUUUGAAGAUCAUUGGGAUCCUCAGCAACCUUAUCGAGGAAACGGUUACCGGGCUCUUUCCAAUUUCAAUGGACAGCUGGACCCUAUGUUGACUGAAGCUUGUAUCAAAGCAUCUAUUCAACCUUCUACUAUUCAUGCUCAUCUUCCUCGUGAUUUCGUGCUCUGGAUCGAUCCUUUCUCAGUUUCCUACAGAGUAGGUGAUCAUGGCAAUAUCAUGACAUUGUUUGAGGAUCGCUCUCGUGGUAGAAUCUCUCUCAAGUUGGAUCCUUCCUUGAACUCGACAUCUACAGCAAAUCCAUCGAAUGCAACCACAACAGCAAUCACCGCUAAAUCACCUUCCAACUCUCCCCUGAUGCAAUAUCUUCAACCUAGAUCUUCAACACCUAUUCGGAUCUCUCCUCCCAACAGCCCAGAAUCGUUAAUGUUAAAGAACCAACAAAAUUCCAUGCAAUCAUCACCUUUGGGUAAGAAGAACGGCCAAGAUAAAUCAAACAAAGGUUUAGUUAUGGCUGUUUAA